UUCUGUGAAGGGCUCCUCCUCCUCUCCCACCCUUGGGUGGGAGGAACCUGAGAAGGGAAAGCUCACUUGACAGCAGUUAGCUGGCAGCAGAGCUUGUGAGCACUCCAGCAACAGAAUGGCUCUCCAGCAAAGUUAAUAGUUAAAUUAUCCCUCCCAAGGGUGCGAUUGCUGCUGAAGUAGAGGAGAAGAUGGUUCCAGUCAUGGGAGCCAGGAAAGAUCUGAAGAGAAAUGGGCAGCUCAGGCCCCUGGCACUCCUUGGGCAGCUUCCAAGAGAGGUGAGGAGUCUGAAUCAGCACAAGGUGAAGUGAGUCCUUGCUCCUGCCAUGCUGCCUGAGUGGAGCUGCUCAGAGGUGGUCGGACAGGUUUGCGGCUGAGUCAGUCGGUUAUCCAGUGCUUGAAGAUGGGAAGUUACUUGUCUCUCCCAGCUUACUUUGCUCCCAAGGAUCCCUUUCGGUGCUCUGAAUGUCAAGACCCCCUCACUAACUGGUACUAUGAGAAGGAUGGGAAGCUGUAUUGUCACAAAGACUACUGGGGGAAAUUUGGGGAAUCCUGCCAUGGCUGCUCUCUGCUGAUGACUGGACCUGUAAUGGUAGCUGGAGAAUACAAGUACCAUCCAGAAUGCUUUGCUUGCAUGAGCUGCAAGGUGAUCAUUGAAGAUGGAGACACAUAUGCACUGGUGCAGCACUCCACUCUCUACUGUGGAAAGUGUCAUAACCAGAUUGUGUUGGCACCGAUGAUAGAGAAACACUCUACAGAAUCACUGCGUGAGCAGCUGCCAUACACACUGACCCUCAUCUCCAUGCCUGCAGCCACUGAUGGGAAGAGAGGAUUUUCAGUGUCUGUCGAAGGGGGUUGCUCCAGUUAUGCUGCCAGUGUCCAGGUGAAAGAAGUCAAUGGACUGCACAUUAGCCCAAAUGUCCGAAACGCCAUACAUCCUGGAGACCGGAUCCUGGAGAUCAAUGGGGCCCUCAUUCGCACAUUGCAAGUAGAGGAGGUAGAGGCCCUGAUCCGCAGGACAAGCCAGACACUGCAGCUGCUGAUCGAACACGACCCUGUCUCCCAGCGACUGGACAGACUGCGGCUGGACUCUCGGCUCCCAGUCCACAUCAAAACUCCCAUUUCGCCUCGUCCCAUUUCCCCUCUGGAUAUCAAGGAGAACCUGGAAGGAACACUGCGCCGGCGCUCCCUCAGGAGAAGCAACAGCAUUUCUAAGUCUCCUGGUCCCAGCUCCCCGAAGGAGCCCCUCAUUCUGAGUCGAGACAUCAGUCGCUCUGAAUCCCUGCGCUCCUCCUCCAGCUAUUCCCAACAGAUCUUCCGGCCUUGUGAUCUGAUCCAUGGUGAAGUACUGGGGAAAGGAUUCUUUGGACAAGCGAUUAAGGUGACUCACAAAGCAACAGGGAAAGUGAUGGUGAUGAAGGAGCUGAUUCGCUGUGAUGAAGAAACACAGAAGACUUUUUUGACGGAGGUGAAAGUGAUGCGCAGCCUGGAUCACCCCAACGUCCUGAAAUUCAUUGGCGUGCUGUACAAGGACAAGAAGUUGAACCUCCUCACCGAGUACAUUGAUGGCGGGACACUGAAAGACUUUCUCCGCAAUGCAGACCCAUUUCCCUGGCAGCAGAAGGUCAGCUUUGCCAAAGGAAUUGCCUCAGGAAUGGCCUACUUGCACUCUAUGUGCAUCAUUCACAGAGACCUGAACUCUCACAACUGCCUGAUCAAACUGGACAAGACCAUUGUGGUUGCUGACUUUGGUCUCUCUCGGCUGAUCGUGGAAGAGAGGAAGAAACCCACCUUGGAGAAGCCAUCAGCCAAGAAACGCACCCUGCGCAAGAGCGACAGGAAGAAGCGCUACACCGUGGUGGGGAAUCCGUACUGGAUGGCCCCAGAGAUGCUGAAUGGGCAGAGCUAUGAUGAGACGGUGGACAUUUUCUCCUUUGGGAUUGUUCUCUGUGAGAUCAUAGGGCAGGUGUAUGCUGACCCCGACUGCCUCCCUCGCACACUGGAUUUCGGCCUCAAUGUCAAGCUUUUUUGGGAGAAGUUUGUCCCUGCUGACUGCCCCCCAGCCUUCUUCCCGCUGGCUGCCAUUUGCUGCCGACUGGAGCCGGAGAGCAGGCCCCCAUUUUCAAAGCUGGAGGAUUCCUUUGAAGCCCUCUCACUGUACCUGGGGGAGCUGGGCAUCCCCCUCCCAUCUGAGCUGGAGGAGCUGGACCACAAUGUGAACGUGCAGUAUGGGCUGAGCCGUGACAAGCUGCCAGCAGACAGCACCUAGGCAACCUGUCCUGCUGUGGGUGCUACUUCCACUGGCCCCUGUGUGAGCAGCAGGUAGGGAGAGGCACUUCAGCUACUUCCAGGGCAUUCAAGGGCACCACGCCACAUGCUUGCUGCAUCGCCUCCCUUGUGACACCUGUGUGCUCUCUCUCCUCGGCCUCCGGGUUUGCAGCGGAUUGAUGACACGUCUUGGAAGUGUAAGGGACCAUGUCCUGCCAGCCGCACUGAGGAGGUUGCUCCACACACGCUCCAGGCCCCCCCAUCCUCAUUGCUGUGGUGCAUUGAACUUGACACUUGACUGUAAGCUGUGAAAUCAUCCUGGCCUCUCUGCCAGGAAGGGAGUUGCUGUAGGAAGCCUCCUUUGUUAGGAACUGCAUUUCUGGGCUAGCCCCUGGCAGGCCCCCACCCCGGACCACCCUGCGUGGGAGACCUGUUGAAUUCACUACAAUUGAGAGUGCAGCUCUGCCUGGCUGCCUUGCUUCCACCCAGUGUGCACUGGGGAUGCUCCAGAGCUGCCCCCAGGCUGGGAACUUGGCUCCUUGUGGAGAAGCUCCAGGAACUGGAGCACCUCUAUUGCAGUGGCCGCCUGUGGGUAACUCUAGUGUCUUUUCACACCCCCUGCAAAUACCUCAAAGAGCCAUUUGGAAACACUACAGCCAAGCUCUGCUCUGCCGCAGAAUGCGGCUGAAGCUAAGAUAGGGCCAGCAACAGGCCAUUAGUCUGAGCUGCUCAGGUGCCACCUUCCUCUGAAUCAGUCUGCACAACUACCUUUCAAGUCCCAACCCCUGUGAAAUGCACUACAACUGGGAGUGCAUUCAUUGUUACCCCCCCAGCACAGAGCAUGGCCCAGUGCUUCCAUCAGUUCCCCCAUGCCCUGACCAAGCAGGGUGCAGCCAGAACCCAGCUGAGCCAGUGCAGUUGAGGCUUUUGGGAAGGGGACAUGACCUCUUGCUUUAACUUCACCUUCCUAUAGAAGGAGCUCCUGCAGGUGCUGGCUGCAGAGACCAGCUCCAGUGCUGCUGCCCCCUUGACUUCUACCUGCUGCCUGUGCUGGGAGCGGGUGUCACUUGGAUCCCUGCAGGGGCUAGAACAUGGUGUGAAAUCCUGUGUGGAGCAGAUGUGGCUGCCAGCACUGAGCAUCUGGUUGUGCUCUAGAAACGGUGGGGCCUUCCCUGCGGCCUGUCGGGGGAGGCCUAUGGCUGGGUCCAGUGGGUUUUGGGCAUUCUGACAGAGCACUGUCCUCUGCUCCUCCCGCGCUGGACUGUGAGGGGGAGCUCAAAGGAGGGCAACUCGAGCGCGUUGUGAGUAGGAACAUGAACUGUGUGACUUCAACGGUUGUUCUUUGAUUAAAUUAAAAGCAAUAAAUGUACCCUGUGGAACCAUG